CUGUGUAUUGUUGUGACAGGAUAACAAGUAUUUCUUUGGUAUAAAUAGCAUAGACAUUUGGGCGGAACGUGUAUUAACAUUUGAAGACUGCGACGUAGCUGAGCUGUGCAAAGGAUAAGGAAAAUAUAAUAAAAAUAUAGUAAUAACAAAGUAUAUUAUAUGUAUAUAUAAUUAAUUAUUAUGUGUUAUAAAGAGUGUUAAGGAGAAGAAAAAGUGUUUGAAAUCAUUUGAAUGAAUAUUAUAUAUGUACAUAUUUAAGUGUGGUAUAUAAAUAACAAAAUAAUUAAACUAAGCAUAAUAGCGCUAUCAACCGUCUCGUUUCUAUAAGAAAAUUAUAUUAUUCAACUACAUAAGCAUCGUUGUGUUAACCGCAAGUAAUUUCAAAGCAGCAGCUAUUGAAAAGUGCAUCGAUAUCUGUUUUAACAAAACAAAUUGCGUUUGCAUUUACUUUUACGGCACAUUAAUGCAAUAACAGCAAAUUUAUAAAGAAGAAUAAACAACACGUCGCAGCCUGCAAACAUAUACACGCGCUUAGGAUUAAAAAUGGAGGGCUAUCAGGAUAUGAGCGAGCUGGAAAAGUCGGUCGCGCACGCGGGCACCCAACUCUAUACCGUGGCACACAAAUUGCACGAAGUCGAAACGACAUUGGACCAUACCAGCAGCCUGGAUGAUGUUGAUGGCGUUUGUGUCAUGGAACUGCUCGAGUCCAUGGAGGAGGUCAAGGCGGAAUAUCAUCAUCUGGUACAAAAUAUACGCGAGGUGCACCAGUUGCAACGUGACGUCACCACAUCGAUACGCUUUCAAAUGCGUAGCAUGCAGCAGACAUUCGAAUCGCUUAAGAAACGCAUCGAAUUGCGCGUUACGCAAAACUGAAUAAUAUGCGCUGAGGGCUGUGAAAGUACGGAAUACUUGUAGGUGCUGGUAAAAAAUACGUAAAACGACGAUGAGGCGUGAGAAUUAAAUACAUUUCUUGGGUAAUCUUAAUUUUAUUUUUGAAUGAGAAUUAAAUAUGUCUUAAGUCGCCUCAUUUUUGUUUUUUAAGUUCUUAUAGACAUAAAUAGUUUAUAAGUAAUGCAUUUGUAUAUCAAAACUUCCACAGUUUUCUUUUAAAUUAUGCAACAUUAUUUCUAGCUACUUCUACUUGUUACUAUUUUAUUACAUAUUUGUUGAGUAAUGAUUUAUUUUUUAUUAAGUUGGCAAACCUCACAACCAAGGUUGCGAAUUUAUUAAUUAAAAAAUUUGGUUCACAAGUUAAUUUUCGAUUUAGUCCGAAAAUCGGUGUUUUAUUAAAUUUUCAAUUUCUAUUUCUGGGAUUUAAAAGUGAAAGUUAAUUUUUUUAUUUUUAUUUUAGAAGAAAACAAAAUGGCAGAACACGUGAAAAAAAUAUAUAUUUUAAAGCAAUUUAAUUUUUUUAUUGUAACUUAAAAGCUUGGGAUUAUUUUUUUUUUCAAUUAGGCAUGCGCGUUUAAGUAAAAUUUUUAAACAGAUCUUUUGUUAUUAACAUUUUUCGGAAUUAUAAAACAAAAUUAGUUCAGAUGUUAAUUCAAUUAUUUCGUAAUGUAUUAUUUGCAAACCUUCCUAAAAAUAAUGAGCGCCGUAAGGCAAUUAUUAAAUAUUAAAGUUAUACAUUAGCUUAGUGUCUUUGUUACCCAGGAAGAUACUUAUUUAAAUCAAUUUCUGCAGAAGUAAAGCUUUAGCGAAUAUUUAUUUGUGAUAAUUCACAUUUUUGUGUUUAUUUACUUUUUUGACAAUCAGCUGUUUACUAAUAAGCAGUGUAGGACUCAUAUUUAAUUGAAUUUGAUUUUAUAAAAGUGCUUUAAUUUGUUAACAACUUUUUUUGUUAAUAUCGAGCCAGGGUUGCAAAGAAUGCCUUAAAAAAUUAAGUGAUUUAACUUUUGAAGUAAUUUUUUUAAUCUCGAAAAUCUUAAUUAGAAACAAUUGUUAAAUUUGAAAGAUUGAAACAAAACAAAUUUUUAGCUCAAAUACCGGAAAUAUAGUCCCAAAAAUUGCACUACAAACUAAAAAUAGUUGUUUUGCAAAUGCAAUUUUUAAUUCAAAAAUUCAAAACCCUCGUCUAACAUAAAACUUUUGAUUGUUUUGUCUUAAAAACCUGUUUAUUUUUUUAUAUGUGAAGUGAAAAGAGAAGAAACAGGACGAAACAUGUAAAAUGUUAUUACUAUUAUCAUUAAAAUAUUUAUUAACAUUAUUUAAACAAGUAUAUUAAUAUACAUAUAUUCGCAGUUUAUUUAGCAAUUUCCAUACUCUGUAUGCGAACUCUCGCUGGUUCACGUAUUACUCACUUUUAAAUACAAGUAAACUACCUGGUAGGUAAAAUGCACUGCUGUGUAUGUAUGUGUGGUAAGUCUUAUUUCCAUCAUUGUUGGCAACUAGAUUUUACAUUUACGAUACAAGGACAAAUAGUAAAAUGCAUGCAUAUACAUAAAUACGUACAUAUGUAUGUAAAUGAAUGGGACUAUGCACCAAAAAGGAUAAGUGGCCUAGAUGAAGUUUUAAAUAGGAAAUGUGCCUAGUAAUUCGGGUGUCCGUAAGAUAUUUCGUUAUAGUUUCGCACUAUUUUAUUUUAUGCUGUGCUGUGCGCAGAAACCUAUACAUAGGUGGCUGAAAAACUUCAAGGUGGUUAAAAUACUACAAGAAAUUCUUUUCAAUACAAAUUAUUUCUAAGAAAAUAGAAUUGUAUGCUAGAAGAAGUGGAGCGCGUAAAGUAUGUUGUAGCACCCUACGGAGGAAAUGUUUAUGUAUACAUUUGAACUAAAAAUUGUCGACAUAAUUUAAAUAAAUUUAAUUUCUAUUAUGUUGUUUUAGUUACUUAUUUCUUAUUACCUUUUUGCCAAUGACAGCAGACACCAUUUUAUUUCUGGAAUUUAUUAUUAACAUUGACGUUUAUCUUAUUCUCUAAGCGAAUUCAAUGGAAAAUACCAUAAACGGUAAUUUUGUUCCAGAAAGUUAGUGGCCAAGAGUAAAUUGAAUAAAAGCAGACGUGCUUCUGGAAAAAAUUUUAUUAUAAUUAUAAUAUAAACGGUUAAUGCUAAUUUUCAUUUAUAUUCGAAGGCACUUUAUUUAACUCUUAUUUGCCUUAAAAUUUGCGUACAAACAUACAUAUGUACAUAACUUAUACUUAAUUUUAAUUACUGUAAUGUGCAAGAGUGCAUGAGAUUAUAACUGAUUGUUCGGUGAAGGUAGAAAACUUACAAACAGAUAUAAAGACGAUGAUGAUUUGAAAAAGUUUCAUAUAAGUUUGGUAAAAAAGUACACCUAAAUGAAGCGCUUGUAAUUUAUUUUACAAUGGUCUUUUUAAUUAAUUUUAUAAUGUUUUUGUUUUGGUUCUUUUCAUUAAUUUUAAUUGCAUAUUUGUGGAAGUUAUGAUUAGAAUAAUUUGAAAAUAAGUUUUCUGUUUUGUUCACAAACUUAGAGAAAUAAGACAAUUUACUAAAAGUAACAAGUAAGACAAAGCAAUUUAAUAGACUUAGUCAUUAAAGAACUUAGCGGCAUUUAAAGUGUAUUAAUUGUAUUGAAAAACAAAAAAAAAAACACACACAAUUGGGAAUAACCAAAAAUAUUUUAUCAUAUACUUAUAAGUAUCUUUAAGAAGCAAUAAUUUUUGUGCAAUUAGACUAAUAUUUCCAAAAAAACUUAAAAGUUGAAUAAUAAAAAUUCACCUACGUAUUUCGUAUUGCAUUUAUAGCAAAAACGCAUUUUUAUUACUAAUUCAUUGUUUCUAAGCAGCAAUUACAAAUAUGAAAAACACUUUUUGAAAUAAAUCACGUUUG